AUGGAGGAGGAGCUCCAGGAGGUGCGAGACAACUUCUAUGUAGGCAACUUCGUCAAGGCCAUGCAGCUCUGCGAGUCUGCACAUGGCUCCAGCGAGCUGACACAGAGCGAGCUUGGUGCUACUCUCGCUCGCUGUUGCCUGGCCAUCCCACAGAUCGAGAGACUGAAGGCCAUGCAAAACUCCGAGAUUCCCGGUCAGCGCGCUGCGGCCUUGCUGGCUGUCAUCACCAAGUCCAGGAAUGAGGCUCAGGUCAAAUCAGCCAAGGAGCGGUUAGCAGCCCUUGCGAAGGAGACGCAGGACAUGAGCUGUGCAAUGCUCAAUGCCAUGGUCCUGGCCAUGGAUGGUAGUUGGAAUGAAGCAGCGCAGAUGACAAAGGCACACCCGGUGCUGGAAAUGCAGGUGCUGACCAUUCUCCUGGCCCUCAGCUGCAACCAGGUAGCAAUGGCUGAGAAGCUGUUGAAGGAUGCAUCUGGAAACAACGACGAUUCCGCCGCAUUCAGGCUCGCAGCUGCGGCAGUGAAACUGGCAACAGGAGACCCAGAGGAAGCGUACCUGACGUACUGCGACCUCUGCUCCCAAUUCCCUGCUGUGGAGGGCGAUGACUCGGGUUCUGGGUCUGUGCUGCUCCAGACCGGCAAGGCACUGGCCAACAUGCAGCGCGGCAUGUUCUCCGAGGCAGUGGAGGACCUGCAGAGAGCUCUGGCAGCAGCGCCAAACGAUCCAGAUGUGCUGGUCAACAUGUGCUGCUGCAUGACUCACUUGGGGAAGAAGGACGAAUUCCAGCAGUACUUCGCCAAGCUGGAGCAGGCUGCGCCGAACAACGAUUAUGUCCUUAAGACGCAGGCGAUGACAACCGCAUUCACGCGCUUCAAAACUUCCCUUGAGGCCUGA